AUGCUUCCUAUUCAGCCCGAGUCUAAUCUGGUGAAUGUCAUAAUUCCUCAGGCGGAAACCAAAAUGUGUGCUCGCGAGCAUCGCAUUACGAGAGGUGGUCGACAUUUAUGGUACCAAUUGGAAGUUUUACAGCAGCCCGAACGUGCGAGAGCAUGUGGCUCCGGACCCAAGUCUUCUGCCGACCGUCGACCAGUCGAUCCACCUCCGGUUGUGACUUUAAGGGUUUUUGAAGGAGAGCAUUUCGAAGGUGCUAGGGAUAUCACAUUCGACUACAAUGUCGACUUUUUCUGUUACGCUUCACUUGAGCACGCUCGUCCUAUGGCCCACGGCAGAGUGCAGACCCCUGCAGCUACGUCGCCUCCCGUACUUACUGGAUUUCCUGUGUCAGGAUGUUGUUACCUCGACCGACCCGACCCAGCUGGAUAUUUCUUAUUCCCAGAUCUUUCAGUCCGUCACGAAGGCCGCUACCGCUUGGUUUUCAGUUUGUACGAGUUGAUUAAGGAGGAGCAAGACCAGGACCGAGACGCACCUCUUCAGGACCCCGAUGAUGGCAUGUCAGAUCUUAGCGCAGGGAAUGCCAACCACCGAAUGGACCUUAGGUCAACCGACUUUAUCGUUUAUAGUGCGAAGAAAUUCCCUGGAUUAACCGAGAGUACCUCGUUGAGUCGUACGGUUGCUGAGCAAGGCUGCCGGGUUCGAAUUCGACGAGAUGUACGUAUGAGACGUCGCGACACCAAAGCAUCUGCCGCUAGCGAAUAUGAAAACAAUGCGGAAGAAGAGUAUGCCCGACGCCAGAGACACAGAACACAGACACCGGAGGCCUACCGUGCUCGAUCCAUGAGUAACUCCAGUAUGGAUCGGGCCUCGUAUGCACCUGAGCAUCCACGACGCCCUUCCAAUGCUGAAUACGGUCCACCGCCGUUGUAUCAAAGUGGCCAAGCUCCUUCGAAUAUGCUGAAUUUUGGACACGGUGGAAAUGGGGGUUUCGCCCAACCUUAUGGACCUACGCCAUCUUCUAGCCAAUCGACUCCUGUGUCUCCUGCAGCAUCGAUAUUUCCUCAAAAUGCCAAUUUCCCACCACCGCCGCCGUCGCCCAGUUAUGCACCUCCCGGCUAUCCUCAUUAUGAAUCCCCAGUUAGUGAUCAGGAUCUUAGGAGAAGAUCUUCUUCCAGUUACUCCACGAUCUCUGUCAAACCAGCAGCCCCUUAUCCUAUCUCGCGAGCACCUGCUAGGCCACUUACUUCCUCGUCCGUGGGACCCAUACCUCCGCUAUCUUCAAUAAUUGCAAGCCCGAAGAUGGCCCCGAAUUAUUAUCCCGAUCGUUCCGGCUCGAUAUCAGCACUUCCUAGACCGACGUAUCCCCACAUUGAAUCUCGGCCUGUGAAGCGCUCUAUUGACGAACUUUCAACCAAUUCUCAACAGGGCCGUAAUGUCAACGGCGACCGUCCCACAAUAGACUAUGCCGGGGUACCGUUCUACAGGCGGGCCGACGGCUCACAACGACUAGCCGCUUUCCCCGAUUCCAUGGCGUAA